AGAGGGAUUUGAUUGGUUGGAAUAGCUGCCAAUCAAUCGGUGUGUGUGUCCGACAUUUUGUGGGAACGAACGGCGGGUGGAGGGGAUAGGGAGAGAGUGAGUAAGUGAGAAAGGAGUCAAUGUGAAGAGGGGAAAAGAGGUAAAAGCUGAGCAAUGAUGCGUCGUGAUUCGUGUCCGCUGGACUGCAAAGUCUACGUGGGUGACCUCGGAACUAAUGGAAACAAGACCGAGCUGGAGCGGUCCUUCAGUUAUUAUGGACCUCUGCGCAAUGUGUGGGUUGCACGAAACCCACCAGGCUUUGCAUUUGUCGAAUUUGAAGACCCCCGUGAUGCAGCUGAUGCUGUACGAGAAUUGGAUGGCAGAACAUUGUGUGGAGUUCGUGUACGAGUGGAGCUGUCCUCCGGUGAAAGGAGGAAGCGCUAUCGUGGGCCACCACCACCCUGGACCAGACGACCCCGUUAUGAUGAAUAUCGCCAUCGCAGCCCACAACGCAGACGCUACUCAAGGUCUCGAUCCAGAGAGAAUCGACGUCGCGAGCGAUCUAUUUCACGGGACAGAGUACGCCGAGAGCCAUCAAGAUCUUUCUCCAGAUCUCUCAGUCGCUCCCGGUCCAUAGAGAGAAAGUAGCAUCCGUGGUGGAAGCAGCCUCCUCUCCACUCCACCCUCUUGGCAGUGAAGAGUACCUGUUCUUCUCCUUCUGAAAUUCUGCGAUUGGUGAAGGUUGAAAAGCAGCUGGGAGAGGGAGAAGUUUCUUUGUGGGAGAGAGGGGCUGAAAUUUGUUUUAUUGAAGGAUGAGCAUUAUUUAGUAGCUCUCAAUUUUUGGGACUUUUUUAAAACACAAAGACAAAAAAAAAACUUAUGACUCAAAAGCUAUGAAAAAUACUACUGCUCACCAGAGAGGGGUGUCAGACCAGUGUUCGAACAGUAACAAAGCCUAUAUUCAUUCUCAGUAACUUGUUUCAUUUACAUAUCCAAUAAUCUCAGUAGCUUUUCACAGAAUCCUUUCAGUGUUUUUACUGCUUAUUACAGUGCAAUGAAAGGCUAUUGUAAUGGACGUAGGGUUUUUUUCCAGCAAGGUAUAGUACCCUUUUAAUGUGGCACAAGUAAUGCAUUUGAACUACUUUUUCUUGAGGUCUAAGUUUGGAAGCGGGGAGGCACCUUUCAGUUGAGAGUGGCACUCAGGGAAGACAAUGUUGUGUUUGGGAUGAUGAAGCAAAUGGUAGGACUGAGACUGGAAAAUAAGAUUACAGAAAGCUGGCCAGUAACUGUUGCUUGACCUUUGUGCAAAAAGACGAACGAUUCUUAGAAUUCUUGGUAAUGAUGAAGGGAUCUUUACUGAUCGUGAAAGUGGCCAGUGUUUGUCACCUAAUAGGACUCCCGUGCUGCUUUACCGGUUGUGAUUCUCAGGAUGUAUUGUUCACUUCUCGUCCCUGUUAGUCUCACUGCUUCUGACAAUAGCUCUUGAGAUCUGUGCCACUCUAUGUUCUGAGAGUUUCUACAAGCAUAGAAAUUUCCGAUUUUUUUUCAGUACACAUUGGCGGCAGCAGAAGAACUUGGUAAUUCUAAAUUAAGCAACUACAGCGACAUUGGUGACAGCCCAGAGAGGACUCCCAGGACCCUCCUGCCUGAUGGCAGGCACUAUUGUCCGUCUGCUUCAGCUUCUCUUAAUUUCUGUUCCCUUGGCAUUCCAGCUAAAGGAUUUUGAAAGAUAAUUCAUGAUCUUAAGGUGUGGAUUUGAUUGUGUGAUGCGCUCUUCAUCUUGAAGAGUCCAAAGUGCAUUGUGGAACAGGUACUUCACUUUGACUGCCACAUUUUGUCAAAAAGCUGAGACACAUGUUGCCAACAAGCCAGCAUUAAUUUUUCUUUUGGCUUCCAAACCUACAGCAGUUCUGCUGAAAACCUUUCACCUUCUCUUAACUACUGCUGAUAUUGUAGUGCAUCAGUCACCACUCUACAAUUUAUUUCAGGAGCAAUUUUUGUGAACAUUUGACUGCAAGCAUUCAAACGGAGUUUGAUUUGUGUUCCUGUUGCAUCUUGGUGCUGGCUGCUUGAUGUUCUCUUUUUGUUUGGAUGUAAGAAAUUAUGAAAGCACAAACAGGAAAUCAAUCUACUCAGCAGAAAUCACAUAAUAACCAUUGGCUUUGAUCAGAUUGGGGUACUGUAUUGUUUUAGUAGGAUGUCUCUCAGCUCAUUCUUUCCUGGGUCAGUUCCCUGAAUCGAAGUUUAGAAUGCAGGCUAAUAUUUUCUCACUGUCUAGUUCCUCAUGCCUGCUGUCUAAUGAAAACUUGUGUUAUUGGGUAUACAGCAACCAUCCAAAGUUCUUCUGUUUAAAAUUAGAGUUCUAAAUAUUUAAAUUGCUAAGAAUGAAGUAACUAUAGAAUUUAAUACCUGUUACAAACAUUCAGGAGCAUGCCCACAUGAAAGGAAGUGGAAUGGGGCAGUAGGAGUGAAAGCACAUGGACUUAGUCUUGCUGCAGCAACUCACUUGUUCGUCGUUGUUAUUUUGCCUUGGAUUUUGUUUUAAAUAACCAUUUAAUUCUCCACAAGAAUAAAAAUUUCUGAGUCCCUGUUUGCUCCAUCAGAUGUAGGAGAACACUUGCUGCUUCAUGUGAAAUACUCAUGGACCAAAUCAACCAAUAUAGGAAGAGAAGAAAAUGUUCCUCCCUCUGCCACUUCUCCCCUCUCCAAUACCUGUUCAUUUAUGUUGUGUAUUCCCAUUGCAGUUGGUGGAAAGGCAUUGGGUAUGGGAAUGGCAGCUAUGCCAGUAUUUCAUGCAUCAUUCAAGCCCUCCAGUAACAUUGCCGGGCUACAAUAAACUGCUCUAACAAGGUGUGGAGCUGGAUCAUACUCCAGCAUCAGCAGUUCCUCUCGGCUUAAUUCAAGUUGACAAGAUUGCAGAAUAACAGCAAGUACUGGAUGAGUUAUUGUGCUCCUCAUUGUUAGAAGUAACAUGUACCUGGAUAUUAGGGCAGUGAACUCUGACUACUGCUUCCUAAAUAAGAGCAGCUGCUGAAGGGUAAAUUAGUAGAGGGGUUCCUAUGCAAACUUGACUAAGCUUGACAACAGUUAAUGGUCUAACCUUCACUUUAAUCAAGCUCUUUUACCCAGUCAUCUGACUAGGUCAUUCCAAUUAUUCUGUUAAGACUUUUAAUUCUGUUUUCUGAACAUCCUCUACCCCCAACUCUGAAAGCAUUCAUAAACAUGAUUUUCAUUUCUUGAUGUCACGUGGAUCUGUUGUUUUUGAGAUCAAUAUUUUGGUAUUUCACUGUUAGAAGUGAGGUCAGUAGCCUGUUUUUAAGUGAAUGUUCUGAAGAUGUACACAAAGCCUGUCACUUUGUUUGGGAGCCUGUAUAAAUUGUUUUAUCUCAAACAUACACUGGCAUUCACUAGCCCAUAAUGUGUAGUUUAUUAGUGGAAAAGUCACCAAAACCCAUUUCUCAUUUGGUUAGUUUUGGAAUGCCACCCUAGAGAGGGGCAGCCCUAGAAAAUGUUUAAAUAAUGGAGUGUAAAAUAAUUGUCUCUAAACCAUCAAUGUUAUUUUUCAUUGAACUAGAGGUGGCAUGUUUGGAAAAAUAGAGUUUCUGCAUUUGCGCAGGAAGAGACUGUUGCAGUGCGCCUACUACUGUGGACUGAUUUUAGAUUAAAAACGUAAUUAAUUGGGAGCAGUUAUGUCCACAGGUUUGCUCCAUUUUGUUUCCAAAUUUGCUUAUUAAGCACUGUUUACCUCAUCAUUGUUUAUCAGAGUAAUGGAUUUUUAGAACAAAAACUGUCUGCAUGGUACUUGGGCAUUUAGCUAUUUUACAGUAUACUUGCUGCGACAACCUCAGUAAAGACAAGUUCCUGGAACUGUUAUGUAUUUACAAACCCUAUACCCUGCGACAAUUUAACCUCACUCUGUGAAAAGCUGUAUGAGAGUCAAAAUGUCCAGGUGCACAUUUGCAAGUGUUUCUUUCCUUGCUGUUGGACAAGCUGUUCAGUUAAUUAAAUUUUUGAUUUUUUUUUAAGAACCCAGAGCCAGGUUAAGUUGUUGUGUAAGUAUUGGAACACAGUACUUAAUAGCCCUUGGUGUGACAUGAGCUAAGAAAAUGGUUUUUGAUUGUCUACCUGAGAUUAUUUUGUGGCACCAGCAAAGCAUAGCAGAGUCCUUCUGAUGUCACUGGACAUCUGCAACCAAACUGUUGACACACUUUUUUUUAACAGGACUAUUGAUGUGAGCUGGAUUGACGUUUUGAUAUCUGUUUUCUUUUGUUCUGUGUUUGUCAGAUUUCAGCAUAAAGGUUAUUACAACCCACCUGU